GUUUCCUCACAAUGAUGCAUGCAUAGACGCCAUUUGUAAUAUAAACAAUUUAACUCAUUCAGAAUUAAAAGUGUAUAUUAAAUUGGUUACAUUAAAAUAUUUACGUAUGAUAUGGCUGAAAAUGAAAACUCAAUGGAAUAUGAGGAAGGUGAUGUCGACGGAUUGCCAACAGAUGAGUUUCCCGACGAGGAAGGAUUUGAUAACGAUAUAGAUAUUAACCAAGAAUUUCCACCUAGAAACCGAGGCCGUGGAGGUUUUAGAAGAAAUCAACCACCAAGAAAUUGGGCUGGAUCAGUUCCUCGGGGUGAAGGCCCCCCACGAUUUAGGGGAAGAGGUUUUGGACCAGGAGGUCCACCAUUUCGUGGUAGAAAUCAUCCGAUGUUUACUAGAGGUCCUCCACCAAGAAAUCCUCCUCCCAGUAAUUUUGGAGGCCCAAUGAGUUUUAAUGGUCCGAGUUGGGGUCCUGGAGGACCUCCACCUAAUGGUCCAGCACCAGUAGGAGGUGGUCAAGGUCCAUUAUCAGGACCACCACCUUUACAUACUUCUAAUGGUCCUCAAUUCACACCUCCUCCAAUGUUAUCAAAUUCAACUGCACCUCCAGGUACUGUGAGUAAUACUACAACUUCACAGCCACCUCCUACAUUUGGACAAACAAAUCAAUCUCAGUUUCCUCCAUCCCAGCCUCCACAAAGUGAAACAUCACCACCAGAAAUCUGGGUGGAAACCAAAACUGCUGAAGGAAAGUCUUAUUAUUACAAUGCUCGUACUAGAGAAACAACAUGGAACAAACCAGAAGGUGCAAAUAUCAAAAUUAUAUCUCAGGACCAAGUAGAAGCUAUGGCUCAGGCUGCUACAGUAACAGGAAUUCCACAAAAUACCUCAACUGCAGCUCAAGCAGCCUUAGCACAGGCAAGCAUAUCAAAUAAACCUGAAGCAAUAGAAAGCGAGGAAAAACAGCAAGAACUCAAAGUUCCAGCACCUGGAACAAAUCCUCUAGCUAUGACCAAUGUCCUUGCUGGACCACCACCUGGGCUUCCCCCAUUCGGUGCACCUCCUGGUCAGUUUGUGCCUCCUUUUGGGUUACCGCCACCUGGGAUGCAUGGAGGCUGGCCAGGGGGUCCCCCGGCACCUUGGGCUCUUGGUGGACCUCCACCAUGGGGAUUGCCACCAGGUUUGCCUCUUCUUGGUAAAGUAGAUCCAGAACUGAUUGCUAAGGCAACUGAAUGGUCAGAGCACAAAGCACCAGACGGUCGAUUCUACUAUUACAAUGCUAAGAAAGGCGAAUCUGUAUGGGAAAAACCUCAACCCAUGAAGGAUCUAGAAACGGCUAAUCUAGCAGCUGCACAAGGAAUCUCGACCAGACCAGUGGACGCAAUGGGAGAUACAGGUAAGCCAAAGCUACAGGCUCAAGGUAAUGGGGAUGCAGAGAAAGAUGCUGAAAAAGAGGAAGGCAAGCUGAAGAAAUUACAGGAGGAAGCAAAGAAGAAGAAAGAGGAGGAGGAGAAGGCCAAACAGGAAAAGGCUCAGGAUAAAUCUAGGCCUGUUUCGAGUACACCUGUACCAGGAACACCCUGGUGUGUUGUCUGGACUGGAAAUGGUAGGGUGUUUUUCUAUAAUCCAUCAUCAAGGACUUCUGUAUGGGAAAGACCGGAAGAACUUCUCAAAAGAACAGACGUCGACAAAAUGGUAUCUGAACCUCCAGACAUUUUGAGCGGUGCUAACAACACAAACAAAGUUGAGGUUGUAAGGAGUCCCGGAAAAACCAAAAGAAGCUCAGAUGACAGCGAUAGUGAAGCGGAAGAAGAAAAUUUACCCAAAAAGAAGAAGAUAGAGGAGUCACCUGAUGUGCAAGAAGUAAAUGGCAACAAUGCCCAGCAACCUGGGAAGAAGAUCGACAUAGGUAAGGAAGCGGCGAUUGAAGCUGAGGUUAGGGCUGCCAAAGAAAGAGCAGUGAUUCCUUUAGAUACCAGAAUGAAGUUGUUCAAAGAAAUGCUCUCAGAAAAGCAGGUUUCUGCUUUCAGCACUUGGGAAAAAGAGUUGCACAAAAUUGUAUUUGACUCUAGGUACCUUCUGCUCACCUCAAAAGAGAGGAAGCAAGUAUUCGAAAAGUAUGUCAAAGAGAGAGCUGAAGAGGAGAGGCGGGAGAAGAGAAACAAACUACGCGAGAAGAAGGAAGCAUACCGAAAAUUACUUCAAGAGAGUCAUCUUCACGGAAAGUCUUCCUUCGGUGAUUUUGCUCAGAAAUAUUCCAAAGAAGAGCGUUUCAAGGGAGUAGAAAAGAUGAGAGAACGAGAGAGCCUCUUCAACGAAUACCUGAUAGAAGUGAGAAGAAGAGAGAAAGAAGAAAAAAAUCAAAAAAGAGAACAGAUCAAAAAGGACUUUUUUGCUUUACUCAGAGAACACUCUGACAUUGAUCGCCAUUCUUAUUGGUGUGAUGUCAAGAGAAAAGUUGAUACUGAUCCACGUUACAAAGCAGUCGAGUCCAGUGGACAAAGAGAUGACUGGUUCAGAGAGUAUUGUAAAAUGCUCAAAGAAGAAAAGAAAAAAGCUAAAGAAAAGGACAAAGAACAUAAGCGUGAGAAAGAGAAGCAUAAAAAAAAAGAUAAAGAUAGGGAACGUGAAAAAGACCGUCACAAGGACAAAGAAGACAAAGGAAAAGAUAAAGAGAAGCAUAAAAAAGAGAAAGAAGUAAUUGACGAUGAUUUGAAAGUUGAAGAAAUUGAAUCUGUAGAGCAAGAGGAUACAGAAAAAGAUAAAGACAAGGAUAAGCAAGCUAGAGUUGAAGCUAGUUUGCGGGAAAGAGAGAAGGAAGUUCAGCGCACUCUUGCUAAUCAUAUGCGAGAUAGGGACAAGGAACGUGAGCACCAUAAGAGAGAGGAAGCCAUUCAGCAUUUUAACGCUUUGUUGGCUGAUUUGGUAAGGGAUCCUGAACUGAGUUGGAGAGAAGUCAAACGUAUCCUUAGAAAAGACCAUAGGUGGGACUUGGCGGACUCCCUCGGCCGCGAAGAGAAAGAAAAAUUGUUCAAUGAGCACAUCGACCAAUUAUUGAAGAAGAAACGGGAAAAAUUCCGUGAACUACUUGAUGAAACUGCUGAUGUAUCAUUGACCAGUACAUGGAAAGAGAUCAAAAAGAAAAUCAGGGACGAUCCAAGAUAUUCCAAAUUCGCCUCAAGCGAAAGAUGUGAGAGAGAAUACAAAGAUUAUCUGAAAGAUAAACUUGUUACUGCCAAAUCGCAUUUCAAGGAACUUCUUCAGGAAACAAAACUUAUUACCCAUAAGUCCCUACAAACCUUGAGAGAAAACCAAGGACAUAUGCAAGAAAUUGAAGAUAUCCUCAUGAACGAUAAGAGGUAUCUUGUACUUGACCACAUUCCUGAAGAAAGGACCCAGUUAAUAUUGAAUUACUUGGAAGAGCUGGACAGAAGGGGGCCCCCACCACCUCCAACUGCAAGUGAACCCAAUAGACGUAGUCUGAAAUAAUUAGUUUUUUGGUUAUAGGGAAUUUUAUCCCUAUUGGAAAUAAUUGAGACUAUCUGAAGUUUUUAUUCAGAAAGAUAAAUAUAUUGUUAAGGUUAGAUAAUUUAGCAUGAGAAACUGCAUCUCUAAAAUUUAGUGUGUAUAUUUUGUUUGUACAUUUUUAUUAUUUAACAGGUCUUGUACAUGAAAUUUUCUACAUUUACCUCCUUCAGUAAUUCGAUAGUUCAACUUGCUUUAAUUCUUAUAAUAAUAAUUUUUUUAUUCCUUCAUAUUGUAUUGAAAGAAGUAACAAAAAUUAUUCAAUACUUGAAUUUCAAUUAUAUUGUUUGUUUUCCGAAACUCUGUGAUCUAUAAAUUUCCAUUACAAAAGCAGUUGCUUGGAUAAUUAAAUUUCACUGGAAAAGUAUGUAGAUUUAUAAAUUAAUUAUUUUCAGAUUUCAAUUAACAUUAAAAAAGAAAUUCCAUGAAGUUUUUUUAUAAGAAAUCAAAGAGAAGUAAUUAUAAAUGUUUAUUAAUUGAUUUUCGAAACAAUUCAUUUCACAACAGGGUUAUAUAUGAAGAGAAUAUGUUUAAACUAUAAUAAAAAAUUUUGCACAUUGA